AAUCCUUACAUUACUCUUCGCCAGGCGAUGGGAGGGGCGACCUUUGGCAAAAGAGCUCAACGCAGAGAAGAAGCCCGUCUCUCCAAGAACGAGUAGCGCGUGUGGGGAUGUUUUUUAUUAAAAGGAAAAGUUAACACUUUAUUAACGGAACAGAAAAGUAUUAAUCAACAAGUAAGGAAUCUUGAAACAAACAUCGGGUAUCUGUUGGUUUAUCUUGGUCAAUUCUUGAUGUUUGGCUGUGGAAAACUUGGAAAUUAGUUGGAUUUUGCUCUCAGAGUUUCCUGUACCUAAACCAAGAGAGAAGGCUCACCUUAGUGAUCUCUAAGCAGUGCUCAAGAUGAAUAACAGGACUUGCCCUUCCAGGUUUGCAGCCUGUAGGUAACAGACAAGACUCCAAGACUUCACCUUCACCAGCACUCUUAGCUGAGAUGCUCGGAAAGGCCACAUUUUUUGUGACUUACAUCUGGAUGCUAAGCCUAUCAGUCUUAGCUCAGGACGGCUGCCCCCCACUUCCCUCCAUAAAUGUAAAUUUUUCAGUUACGUACACCUUGCCUUUUUUCCAGACGGAGACUCGUAUACAAAACAUUUUGGCUGAUCCAGACAACAAUGACAUUUAUGUGGCUUCACGGAACAUUAUUGAAACUGUAAAUGCCAGUCUUGACAAGUUAUGGGAAUUGCGUACUGGUCCAGUGGGCAGCUCUCAGUGUGAGAUCUGCAACUUAUGUGACAUUGAAAAGGACCCCGGUAUUUUGGAGGACACUGAUAACCAAGCUCUUUUUCUGGAUCCAUUUUUAAAUUACUUGUAUACAUGUGGGAGUUCGCAAUAUGGCAUCUGCUACUUUCAUGACAUUGGAAAUGGAUUACCUUCCUCCUCCAAGUGCCUCUAUAAAAAUGGGUCAAAUUCACCAUCUAAUUGUCCAGACUGUGUGGCUAGCCCAUUGGGUACAAAGGUCACAAUCGUGGAAGAAGGCAAGACUGCAUUUAUUUUUGUGGCGGCCACUGUGGACCAGAAAGUAACACAGAAAUAUGGCAGAAAAUCCAUAUCGGUUAGACGUCCGUUAGCUACUGAAGAUGGCUUUUACACCGAUGUGCGGGGACUGACUGUUCGUCCUGAGUUCUUGGAGUCCUACCCCAUUGAGUACAUUUACAGCUUCUCCACAACCGAUUUUGUCUACUUCUUAUCCGUGCAGAGGGAGAGCGUCGAUAACGCCAAUUCCCCCUUUCAGACGCGGCUGGGCCGCCUCCCUCGCCACGAGUGGGAGGUGCGCCGUUACCGUGAGGUGGUUUUGGAAUGCCGCUUUGAGCCUAAGCGGCGGAGGAGAGAAAUUUUAAGAGACGUGGUCUACAACGCCCUGCAGGCCGCCCACUUCGGGAGGGUGGGCAAAGAGCUGGCAGAAGAGCUGGGGGUGGAGCAGGAUGCUGACAUCCUAUAUGGGGUGUUUGCGGUGACCCACCCAGAGACUGGGAAGCCCCUUCCUGAUUCUGCUCUAUGCGCCUUCCCCAUGGAGAAGGUCAACAAAGCCAUAGAGGAGGGAGUGGAAGACUGCUGCACCACUGGGCCAGAACGCCUCUCCCGUGGGCUCUGCUACUUUCAGCACUGUGAGAACUGCCCGCAUGAGCUCGAGACCAAUGUAAGCUGCCCGGACCAACCCACCAUGGUGGCCCAGCCCUUCUACAGAGUGGAUCUCUUCAAUGGGAACAUGAAGGACGUUCUACUGACAUCUGUGCUUGUCACCCCUAUCAAUGACAAAACAGUAGCACAUAUUGGGACAUCAGAAGGGAGGCUUUUGCAGCUUGUCCUGAGAAGAACAAGCCCAAUUAUCUUUGCUAAUUACUCCCUGGAGCAGAAUCAGCCAGUGUCUUCAAUAGCCUCUGAUUACACAUCAGACUCCUUGCUAUUUGUUAUUGGUAACAAGAUGAUCAAAGUGCCUAAAAGAGGACCAGGCUGUCGGCACUUUCUCAUUUGUAGCUCCUGCCUGGCUGCCCCAGAGUUUAUGGGCUGUGGCUGGUGUGAUGGGGUUUGUACCUGGAAACAAGAGUGUUCCACCCAGUGGAGAAACGAUUCAUGUCCACCAGUCAUCACUGAGUUCUUUCCAAAGACAGCACCUCCUGAUGGCAACACAGAACUGUCACUGUGUGGAUGGGAUCUCCAGUCCUCACCGAAAGCUGCCAUGAGUGCCAGCACUCAUAAAGUGAAUGUGGGGCAAACAGCCUGUGUGGUACUGCCCAACAAGAGCAGCAACACCCAACUGGUUUGCCAGAUUGAGUCAGGUGCUAAUGAGCUGUCUCAGCCUCUGCAGAUCACUGUUGAAGUCCAUGAAGCAAAAGUGGAAGGUCGAUAUUCUAUCGAUGGGAAGGCACAGAUCGAGCAGUUUAUCUUUGUGGAACCCGAUAUCACUGAGAUCCAGCCGGACUUUGGGCCCAUUGUAGGAGGGACCAUGAUAACAGUGAUUGGGCCUUACCUGGAUUCAGGAAAACACAGGAGAGUCCUUCUUGAUGAUAAGGACUGCCAAAUCAAGAGUGUUUUGCAGAUAGAAGGGGGGACCUCUUCAAUCACUUGUGUUGCUCCUGAAGUGGAAGCUGUGAAAGAUGCUGUUCUGGUGGUGAAGAUUGAUGCAGCUCAAGCACCUAACACUAAAGUAUUCCACUAUAAGCCAACACCAUCCAUUUCCCAGAUCCUUCCGUACUGUAGCUUUGACAAGGGAUCAAAUAUUACUAUUAAAGGAGAAAAUCUGGAUUCUGUCUACAAGACUGUCAUAAUGUUUCAGCCUACAGAGAAGACCCUAAAGCCUGUGUUUAAGGAGUGUAAAACUGCCUCAAGCCCCACACAGAUGGAAUGUGAGACCCCCUUUUUAUCACUUAGGGAGGAUAAAGAGAAAGGGGAACUCUCUGUAAACAUGGACGGAGCUGUUGAGCUAUGGAGAAAGAAGUUUUUGUACUUUCCUGAUGCAGAAGUUAUCCCAUUCGAACAUCAAGACAAUAUUUUACGCCUGCAUCCUGAUCAGGAUGAAGUGUCUUUACACCACAAGAAGCUGAACUUGGUGAGUUCAUGCAUGAAAGUCAUAAUGACAGUGGGAGGAGUGGACUGUAAUGCUAGAGUCCUGGACAAUGAAAUUACCUGCAGGAUUCCCAAAAACAUCAUCAUUACCAAUGAAGGUUUGCCUGUAAAGAUCUCCAUCAAUGGACAAAUUCAGGACCUGGGUAGAGUGGUCAUUGUGAAUGAGAGCCAGCCUGUGGUGGGAAUUGUGCUGGGCAUCCUCAUGGCUCUGUUGGUUGGGGCAGUACUUGCCUUCGUGGUAAUGAAACAGUUAAGGAAAAAGAAGAAAGCUGCCACGGCAGAGAACCAUUUAUUGACUUUUCGUGACACCGAUCAUAACAGAGCUGGCUCUCAUUUAGACUCCCCAGUCGGCGAUUACAGACGAGAACUGACCAGCACAAACUCUGUAGGGGUGACCAUUCCAGGCCUGAUCUACACUGGCAGCCAUGAGGCUUCUCUAAUGCCACUCCUGCCUCCUGAGAAGAUCUCGAUCACCAGCUUCCGUCCAGAGCUCCUAGAAGAAGUAAAGGAUGUGCUGAUUCCAGCCAACAUGCUCAAAGUGCAUCAGGACCAAAUCAUUGGAAAGGGUCACUUUGGAAUAGUUUACCAUGGAUAUUUAAAGGACCCUCAAAACAGAGAAAUCCAUUGUGCCGUUAAGUCACUGAACAGAAUCACUGAUGUGGAGGAGGUGGAGCAGUUCCUGAAGGAAGGCAUCCUGAUGAAGGGUUUCCACCACAGCAAUGUGUUGUCCUUGCUGGGCAUCCUGCUGCCCAAUGAAGGCCUGCCGCUGGUGGUGCUACCCUACAUGAAGCACGGAGACCUGCGACACUUCAUCCGCUCUGAGCACCGGAAUCCCACAGUGAAGGAUCUUAUUGGCUUUGGUCUACAAGUUGCCAAAGGGAUGGAGUACUUAGCACAGAAGAAGUUUGUGCACCGAGAUCUGGCAGCACGGAACUGCAUGCUGGAUGAGUCCUACACUGUGAAAGUGGCUGAUUUUGGAAUGGCAAGGGAUGUCUUCGAUAAGGAGUACUACAGUGUGCAAGACCACAAAAAGGCUAAGCUGCCGGUGAAGUGGAUGGCAAUCGAGAGCCUGCAGACACAAAAAUUUACCACCAAGUCAGAUGUGUGGUCCUUUGGAGUUCUGAUGUGGGAGAUGCUGACCAGAGGAGCAAGUCCCUACCCUGAGGUGGAUCCCUAUGACAUCACACAUUUCCUACUGAAGGGCCGCAGGCUACCUCAGCCUCAGUACUGCCCUGACCCCUUGUAUAGAAUCAUGCUGCAGUGCUGGGACCCUGAGCUUGAACAGCGGCCUACCUUUGCUCACCUUGUCGGCAGUAUCCUGGACAUUCUGUCAAACCUGGAGGGCGAGCAUUACAUUAACCUCAAAGUCACCUACGUUAACCUGGACCAGCCUCGGCCCUACCCAGCUAUGACCGAGUCUGCGGAUGAGUACGACUCCUCUGCUUCUGCCUGAGGAUCGCAGUCAUGCUCCCAGCGGGACGUCUCGGACCUUUCUUAAGAUCAUUCAUGAAUAUUCAUGAACUGGAGUUUUACUGGACUGCAAACAGCAGGGGAGUGCGAUCUAAAGAAGAGCUGGGAAGAACAGGAGCUGGAGACAAGACUUGCAAUGAUUUCUGGGAAAAAGAGGAAGUGGAAACCAGAUCUAUGUGAUCGGUGGCAAGACUGAACGUAAUGAUGUUGGGUGGUAUGGCAAAACAUCUGAACCUCCUGCCCAUCGAGAGAGCACCAUUCUUUCUCAGAGCGAAGUUAUUCCGAAUGAUAAAAUAAAUUUUUAUUAGAGCCCUAAAUAGGACUGGUGUAGCUAAUAAGCUAGUGGGCUUAUUCUUCUUCAUUUUUCUGAUGUUAAGUGGAUAUAUGGCUAACUGAACUCUGUAUAUUAAAAAUACAGUCUCUAAUUUUAUUUUUGUCAUAGAAUGGAGAUGUUCGGAAUGAGCUUGAGUAUCCUUGUCAGCACUUUUGAAUGUGCCCUGUAAAUAGGACCAAAUUGUUGUCCUUCUGCCUGUAUGAAUAUCUAUAUAUUUGGAAUAUUCUGAUUGUAUAUUUUGGAUUAGUAAUUUGUAAACAGGAUAGCUUUUUAUUUGAAAACAUUUACAUCUUCUUUCACCCUCCAAAAUCUUUUUUUUUAAAAUACAAUGAAUACAUUUUAUUUAUGCAUUUGUGAUAGUGAUGUAUUGUUAGAUCCAACCAGAAGGACCGUGAGGAUAGUUGUAGGAUAUAAGUGACAGUAUAUUAUCAGGAAUGCACAGAAUUAUGUGAAAGAAACAGAAACAAUGCCAUGUGCUGCACGUUCAACACAAGCAAUUUAAAGACUGUGACUGAUUUAAACUGAUUUACAUAAUUCAGGCUACAUAGCUUAUGACAUGUUGGAAUAUUAUAUAAUGUAUUUGAAAAGUUGUUUAAAAUAAAAUUAAGCUAUUUUCUACA